AUGUCACCUGCUGCAGAAGUUAAGGGAAAUGGCGUUGCUGCCACGAGCAGCAUGGAUGUGGUGAUUGUCGGAGCAGGAUUUGGAGGUCUCUACCAGCUCCAUUACUUACGGAAGAUGGGAUACAAAUGCAAGGUCGUUGAUAACGCCGGCGAGCUUGGCGGGCAAGUACCUUCAUCACAAACUGACUGGACAUGGAGUGAACGCUUUCCAUCGUGGCCCGAGUUGAGACGAUACUUCCAAUAUGUUGAUGAGAAGCUUGAUCUUAGCAAAGAUGUUCAACUAAACACUGGAGUCAAGUCAGCCGAAUUCGACGUCAAUUCGUGUAGGUGGAAUGUCAGCCUCAGUGAUGGUCAGGUCAUUGACUGCAAGUACUUCGUACUAUGCACCGGAUUUGCCGCGAAGAGCUACGUCCCGGACUUUCCAGGAAUGGACAAAUAUAAAGGAAUCAUGCACCACACAGCACAAUACCCACAGGAAGGUAUCGAACUCGAAGGCAAGAAGGUUGCAGUCAUCGGAACAGGAGCUUCAGGAGUUCAGACAAUUCAAGAGAUUGGCCCACAAGUCGGCCACCUCACCGUUCUCCAGCGAACACCAAACCUUUGUCUUCCUAUGAACCAGCAUAAGCUUGACCCAGAAGUUGAAGCAAGGGUCAAGAAGGAAGGAGGAUACGAGAAGGUAUUUGAUUACCGUCGCAAUACAUUCGGUGGAUUCCACUUCGACUUCCUUGAGAAGAAUGGUGAUGAAGAUACCGAUGAGCAGAAGAAAGAGCUUUAUGAGAAAUUGUGGGAUGGCGGUGGUUUCAGAUUCUGGCUAGCGACUUACAAAGAUUUACUCUUCGACAAGAAGGUUAACGACACCGCAUACAACUUUUGGGCAGAGAAAACCCGUGCCAGAAUCAAGGACCCAAAGAAGAAGGAUGUUCUCGCUCCUCUCCUUGAUAAGCAACCACAUACCUUCGGCACAAAGAGACCUUCCCUUGAACAGAGAUAUUACGAGGUAUACAACCAGGAUAAUGUUGACGUUGUUGCUCUGAAGGCAACUCCAAUCGAGACUUUCACCGAGAAAGGAAUCAAAUUGAAGGAUGGUCGUGACCUUGAAUUCGAUGUCAUCAUCCUCGCUACCGGAUUCGAUUCUGUUACUGGUGGUCUGGUCCAAAUCGAUAUCAAAGGCACAGAUGGUGUUUCUCUCGCAGAUAAAUGGUCAAAGGGAACAUGGACAUAUCUUGGCAUGACGACUGCUAAUUUCCCAAAUAUGUAUUUCCUUUACGGUCCUCAAGGCCCAACAGCUUUCGCCAACGGCCCUACGAUUGUUGAACUUCAGGGUGAUUGGAUCAUCGACGCGAUCGAUUACUGCGAGAAGAAUAACAAGAAAACUAUGGAUGCAACGGCACAGUCUGAAGCUGGAUGGACGAAACACGUCGCUGAGCUUUGCGAUAUUACUUUGUUCCCAGGCACCGACAGUUGGUAUAUGGGCGCCAAUGUCCCAGGCAAACCUCGCGAAUCACUCAACUAUGCAGGCGGUGUCCCGCGAUACGUCCGGGAGACGAAGGAAGUUGCGGAGAAGGGAUACGCAGGAUUCAACUUUGAUGCGCCAUAUGAUACCGGAAAGUUGGGGGAGAAGGUUAAUGCGCUUAAGCUUAACUAA